AUUAAAUGAAGUCCCAGUUAGUACAAAUUUUAAACUUCGUGAAAUUAUUUUAGAAUUGAAAUCUAAAUCUAAUAAACGUAAAUGAUAAUGAUUUUUUUUGUGUGUAUAUCUUGUAAAUUGGAUAAGAUUUAAAAGAGAUAAAACAAUAAAAUACUCACAAAGAACAAUCACGCGUAUCCUUUCUGACGACAAUGUUUUCCGGACAGUAAAGGAUACAAUUGUGCACUUCCUGACUAUUUAGUGUUGACAUAUUUUGAGAUAGAAUUUAUAAACUAAUCAAUCUGAAAUACUCUCCGGUGGAAAGCAAAUAUUCAAUCACGACAUGAAGUGGACGCAACUUAUCGUAUGUUUCGUUCUCGUUUGUAAAUAUUCUACGGGACAAAAUUGCCCAGCCCCUGCCAAUAGUGGCUGUACAUGUGAUGAAGGCCCCCCAGAAAGCACUGGACGUGUCAUCAACUGUCGGGAUGCUGGCCUCUCUAGUGUCCCUGCAUUUUCCGCAUCAGAUGAAGUUUUCUUGGAGCUGACGUUCAGUAACACCCAAUCUCCUUCUCCAUCCUGUUCCAGAUGCAACAAGAUUACAGUGGUUCCUGAAAAUGCAUUCCAGGGACUAAAAUUCAAAGUGCUUGACCUUAGCAGAAAUUCAAUAUCAGAUUUCAAGGCGGAUGCAUUUGCAGGACUUGAUAACUAUUUGGAGGAGCUUAUCAUUCAGGGUAGUUCCUCAUCAGUUCCUUAUACUGCGAUCUCCAGACUCAGAAAGCUGAAGAAACUUUCCCUCAGCCAUUUCUCACAAAGCAUCAUCGGUAGGGACAAUACUGAUCUUCAAAGCCUAAUGAACCUGGAAGCACUAGAAUUUAAGAAUAUGAAUAUCGAAUUUAUUCAGAGUGACGCCUUCAAAGACCGUGUACCAAUGUUGAAAAAAUUAGUACUCGAAAAUUUGAAGAUAAGAACUUUUCCCGUGGCAGGAAUAGCUGAACUUACAUCUUUAGAACAUCUGUCUGCUGUGUACCUGGAAAUCAAAGAAAUACCUUACCAAGCUUUUGCUUCCCUUCACAAUCUUCAGGAAUUGGUUUUAUCCCACAAUGGUCUUACAAGUCUCCGAUCAGGCUGUUUUGAUGGAAUUCAAGACACUCUUAGAUACCUUGGGCUUCACAUCAACAAUUUAGAUGAAAGCAGCGUAGGGUCCAUUGCCUCCGAAAGAUGGGACAAAUUAGAACAACUUAAUCUUGGACACAACAAUAUAAAAGUUAUUCCAAGUGGGUUGUUUUACAACAUGCGCAGUUUAGCUUAUCUGAAUAUUGAUUCUAACUGGUUGACCAAGAUCAAAUCUGAAGAUUUCCAAGGCCUCGAUUCUUUGCAGUUCUUGGACGCUUCUUACAAUAACCUUGUGCAAAUAGAGGAGGGCGCAUUUCUAAAGACACCACGUCUACAAGAGUUAGAUCUCCGUGGAGAAAAUUCAAAUAUUCCACAAAACACAGUAAAAUUCGUAUUGAGUGAAAGCAGCGUUCAAGGACUAAAUAAUUUAGAAAGGCUAAUACUUGCUGAUACAGUACUAGAUGAAACUGUGUUAUGGAGUGCAUUGAAACGUCUUACUAAUCUGCAAGUUCUAAAGCUAGGAGGAACUGGCAUCAAAGAAAUUCCCGACUUUCAGUUUGAAAACAAUAAACAUUUGAAGUACCUCAUGGUCGAAAAUAACAAACUUACUAAACUUACUGAGCAACAGAUGUAUGGUUUAACAGACAACUUGGUGAGUUUAAGCUUAGGAAACAAUCAGAUCAGUGAGUUAGAUGAAUGUGCCCUAAACAAGUUCACAAAAUUAGAAAUGUUGUACAUCAAUAACCUACCUCUACACUGUGAUUGCAAAAUAAUGUGGCUUUACGACUGGCUUAACGAGCUGAGACUAAAAAAUGACAUCAAAUACUAUUUGAUUAGAGCAAUAUGCAGUACACCAACAUCCUUAGCAAAUAAGAAUCUGCUAAGUGCAAAUAGGUCUGAACUCGUGUGUGGUGAUAGUUACACUCCAAAGAAGUGCAACGACUUUACCCCUCCUCCCUCCAUUUCUACCACCAUCUCUCCCUCGAUCCAACCUGUCACCCGGGGAUCCGCAGCAGACAAUAUUUUUAGUUUUGAAAGAAUCACUGAAUCCAGCUCUACCGUCAAGUUCGAAUGGCGAGUUACAGAUCCAGACAAAAUAGUGAAAUAUAUUUUGGAGUACCAACUUCUCAGGACAUUUCAGUGGCACUCUGUCACUAUUCCGAGGACGGCUCUAAGCUUUGAGAAGGAAAAUUUACAAAAGAACUCAAAUUAUCUGUUCUGUCUGACCGUAAUACUCAGAGACUCGGACAAAAAAAGCAUUAGACCUUGUAUUGUUGUCAAUACUCUUCCAUAGAUCUUAUCGUUUAUAUGAAAACAAAGUGUUCACAGAAAUCCAUUCACAUUCCUGUCGUUGAUAUUUUAUUGUAUUGUUAUUGUGUUUAUUUAUUUUAAUUUUUCACUUUACAUUUUGUUGUAUCGUACUCUCUAUUCUGAUAUACAGUCAAUUGUAUUCAUAUACGGUAAAAUGCAUUAUAAUGGAUAGUCAUCAGUGAAAUAAUUUGCUUGGGAUCGCUUUAUUUACCCAUGCGUUAAUUUCAAGACAAGAUUAAGACUAAUCGCUUUAUUAUUAUAUAUCAUAGCUUUGUACAAAUCUCUAGUCUGUUUAAGUGGAUUAUAGAUCAUAUUGUAUUAUGCAAGAUCGCUUUUUGAUCAAUGAAACAUUACCGGUAAAAAAAAAAUUUCUGUUUUAUACGUUUUAUAUAUUGAAAAUAAAUUAAAAUUAAAGAAACGAA